AUGACAAACCAGGGUGAGAAUCGGUCGCAGGGUUCGCAAUCGGGUCAGGAUGUGUCUCAAUCAGGAAAUGAGAGUAACUCUUCUGAUGAUACGUACAUGCCAUCUGAGGAGGAAGGGUCUUGGUAUGAAUUCAUGCUGGAAUCCGCUAGUGACUCGGAUAGUAUGAACUAUUGGCACUACGGACCUUGGGAAGUGCUAAUGCAACCAUACUACUCAUCUUCAGAAAGCACCGAAGCGCCAAAUGGGUACGAAUAUCACAACUCGUCAUCGCAACAACCACCAAAUGAAGUCUCUAACGGUCAUCAACAACCAAAUCCACCUGCCGGACAACAAACUAAUGGAGCGAACAACUCUCAAGGAAGCCGAUCAGCAGAACAACCCAGUCCAAAUGAGCAACAACCUCUUGAUCCAACCCUCACAAUGGUUCACAACCUACUGUCUCAAGUCUUACGAAGCCAAGAUCCCGACGAAGCCGACACAUGGAUGCAACGCUUGGAUAAGAAUUUUGCAGCAACAAGAUGUCCAACCAAGUUCAAGAAGGAUGUAACAGUCUACUACUUGGAAAAGGAAGCACUAGGAUGGUGGAAUAGUGUGGAUAGGCAAACCAACCACGCUAUCAUCACAUGGGAAGCCUUCCAGAAAGAAUUCAGGAGGAAAUACUUUCCUUUGGAAGCAAGAGAUCGCUACAAGAAAACACCCGAUUUGACACGUCAAGAAUGGUGGCAAAGCAGUCACAAAGUAGAAUUUCGCAAAUUAGUUAUCUUGGAGGAGGGCCAUGAUAACUCAACUAUAUACCAAGGGAUACGUCCGAGCAACGGCGUGUCUCUGGUAUCAGCGAUGCGAGUGAAACAGCACUUGAUAGAGGGGAGCGCCUAUCUUGUUGCUAUAAGUGUGGUUGAAGAGAAAACUUCAAGCGAAGAGAAGAUCGAAGAGAUAUCAAUUGUCAACGAAUUUGAAGACGUGUUUAAGUCAUUAACGGAGUUACCACCACCUCGGAGUAACCUGUUCACAAUAAACUUAAUACCAAGAGCAGCACCAAUCGCGUAG